AGGGUGUAUAUGAUUUCAAAAGUCCUAGUGUACCUACACAACCGUUAAAGCUUGCAUCUUAGUGGGGCAUUCGGUUGUUUACCGCGGUGGUUGCCGCCCUUUCUCCGCCGUACUCCGUCGUUCAUCUUAACCGGAAAAACAGAUGAACUCUGUUGAUUGCAUUCAUUGAUUUUGUUGCUAAGGAGAAAAAGGUAGCUUCUUAUCUUCUCGAAAGAAAAUGGCGACUGUUUCGGAUGUCACCGUGUCUGCCGCCAUUAACAGUCUAUCUGCAGUACUAUUUCUUGUCGCAUUUGCGAUCUUACGUCUUCAACCUAUGAAUGAUCGAGUUUACUUCUCAAAAUGGUAUCUUAAAGGCAUACGAGAAAAUCCAAAGACUUCGGGACCUUUUAUAAAGAAAUUCAUCAAUCUAGACAUAAGAAUGUAUCUAAGAUUCUUGAAUUGGAUGCCUGCUGCCUUAAAAAUGCCCGAACCCGAGCUUAUAGAACAUGCCGGCCUUGAUUCUGCUGUGUACAUACGGAUAUAUCUUCUCGGCUUGAAAAUCUUUAUACCUAUUGCUGCACUUGCUUUGUCUGUGCUGCUACCCGUCAAUUACACCGAUAGAAAUUUCGAAAUCAUGAGCACCAAAGUGAAAGAUUUAACGUUCGGUGAGAUGGACAAGUUUUCGAUAUCCAAUGUUCCGCCUGCAUCAAAAAGGUUAUAUGUGCAUAUAUCAAUGGCUUAUGUCUUCACUAUUUGGACAUGCUAUAUGCUUUAUAAGGAAUACAAAACUGUAACUGACAUGAGGCUUCAUUUUCUUGCCACCGAAAACCGUCGUCCGGAUCAAUUUACAGUUCUUGUGAGAAACGUCCCCCCGGAUCCUGAAGAAACUAUUAGCGAAAACAUUGAACAUUUCUUUCGUGUUAAUCACCCCGAUCAAUAUCUUUUACAUCAGGUGGUUUACAAUGCAAAUAAGCUCGCGAAAAUAGUGAACCAGAAGAAGGAUUUGCAUAAUCGGCUUAUUUACUACACCAAUAAGUACGAGAGAAAACACGAUAAACGACCAACCACGAAGACAGGUUUUUGGGGUCUUUGGGGAACGAGGAUCGAUGCAAUCGAUUAUUAUACCAAAGAGAUCGAGAAGUUGAGCAAAGAAGAAGUAGCAGAACGGGAAAGGGUGAUCGGUGACCCGAAAUCCGUAGUCCCGGCUGCGUUUGUUUCGUUCAAAUCGCGAUGGGGUGCAGCCGUUUGUGCUCAAACGCAGCAAACAAGAAACCCCAUUCAUUGGCUCACGACUUGGGCUCCUCAACCACGAGACGUUUAUUGGGACAACUUAGCCAUUCCUUUCAUCGAACUCAACAUGCGUAGAUUGCUCAUCGCUGCCGCUGUCAUCGGUCUUACGUUCUUUUUCAUGAUCCCGAUUGCCUUUGUUCAAACUUUGGCCAACAUCGAAUCAAUCGAAAAAGUUGUUCCCUUUUUGAAACCCCUUAUCAAUAAAGGACCUAUCAAAUCCGUCAUUCAAGGGUUUCUUCCCGGGAUCGUUUUGAAGAUCUUCAUCCUCAUCCUUCCGAUGAUCGUAAUGGCAAUGUCUAAAAUCGAGGGAUUCGUUGCAAUCUCGACUUUGGAAGCGAGAUCCGCUGCAAAGUUUCAUCUUUUCUUGAUCGUGAACGUGUUUUUCGGAAGCAUAGUAGCCGGAACCGUUCUUCAGCAGCUUGAAGAGUUCUUGAAUCAGAAACCAGCCGAUAUACCGAGAAUUAUCGGUGUUUCGAUUCCGAUGAAAGCAACGUUCUUUAUGACGUACAUUAUGGUUGACGGUUGGGCUGGAAUUGCGGCAGAGAUUCUGAGACUGAUUCCGUUGAUUAUCUUUCACUUGAAGAACAUUUUCUUGGUGAAAACCGAAAAGGACCGAGAGGAGGCAAUGAAUCCUGGUUCGUUGGCUUGGCCCGUAACUGAGCCUCGUAUGCAAUUGUAUUUCUUGCUUGGACUUGUGUACGCUACUGUCACCCCGAUAUUUCUCCCGUUCAUCAUCGUCUUCUUUGCCUUCUCAUAUUUGGUUUACCGUCAUCAGAUCAUCAACGUGUACAACCAGCAGUACGAGAGUGCGGCAUCGUUUUGGCCGGAUGUUAAUCGGCGUAUAGUUAUUAGUUUGAUUAUUUCGCAGUUUCUGCUGGUGGGAAUUCUGAGCACGAAAGAUGCAGUACACUCGACACCUUUUCUUCUCGUGUUGCCUGUAUUAACGUUCUUGUUCCAUCGGUAUUGCAAGAACCGGUUCGAAUCUGCAUUUCGAAGAUUCCCGUUACAGGAUGCAAUGAUCAAGGAUACGCUCGAAAAGGCGACAGAACCGCAUCUGAAUGUGAAAGUAUAUCUUCGGGAUGCUUAUAUACAUCCAGUUUUCAAAGACGUAGCGGUUUUUGAUGAUUUUGAAGAUUACGAGUACCCAUUAGUUGCUACAAAGCGGAGUUCGCGUAAUGGGAGUCAAAUCGGAACUGAUCAAGGGAGUCCUUCAGUUGAUUUGACGAGUAUUUCAAUCGUUUAAAGAUCAUAUAUUUGAAUCACGACGAUGAUUUUGGUUUCGAGAAUCAUUUCGUCGAUGACCAUGAAAGGAAAGUAAUGGCCAAAGAAUAUGUACAUUGUUUAUAUCAAUCAAUAAGUUGCGAUUUAAAUUUCCGUGCUUCGAAUGAGUUACGGAUUGGAUUGCGUCGGUUUGGGUAAUCGUGUAUAUUGUUGGGUCGAAAUACCCGUUCAUCACAAGAUUCACGGGACUCAUUAUGACUCGACGGUCGGGACUGGAUAUAAAUUUCAUGGAAUUUCAAGAUCCAGUUUGGGACU